GAGAGAGAGAGUGGUAACACUACGUGUUCAGUUAAAUCUUAAUCUCGUAAAAUGACGGACCAACAGAAUAAAUCGAUCCUUUCAGUUUUUACUGUAGCAGCAGUGAUGCUGGGGUGGUGGUGCUGCUGGUGCGGCAAAAAUGUAAGCCCUAUAAAGUGUAAACGUUGAGGGCGCUUGUUUCGAAAAAGUUGUUUUAGUAUGCUGAUCGAAUCAAAUCGUCAGUCACGGUGGCAGCACCAAAAUUUAUGAUUUCUACCACUUUAACCAAUGAACGAUCAUUGAUAAAGAAAUGGCAGCUCCCAAGAUGCUCUUUGUGUUUGACUUUGAUCAAACAAUCAUUGAUGGCAACGUUGAUGUCUGGAUCAGAAAACUUCUUCCAAAUGGCAAAGUUCCGAAACCAAUCAAAGAUCGAUACAAAGAACAUGACAGUUGGACGGAAUACAUGGGAGACAUCUUCUCUCAUUUGCAUGACUUAGGCAUUCGUAAGAGGAAAAUGUUGCAAAGCAUCAGCGAAGUUCCUUUCACUCCUGGGAUGAUGGAACUUUUGAAGUAUCAGCAAACAGCCCCCUCUAUUGAGACCAUCAUUGCAUCUGAUGCUAACUCACUGUUCAUAAGCCACAUUCUGGAGGGGGCGGGGCUUCAGGGGGCCUAUCAGGAAAUCUUCUCCAAUCCUGCAGAAUUUGAUGCAGCUGGAUGCUUAGAAAUAGCUCAUCAUCAUAAACAUCACUGUGAAAGAUGUCCCACAAACCUAUGCAAAGGAACAGUGUUGAAAGGCUAUCUUCAGACAAAGUUGAAGACUGACAGAGUUGUCUUUGACAAAGUCGCAGUUGUCGGAGAUGGUACCAAUGAUUUCUGUCCGUGUUUGGUUCUAGGGGAGAAUGAUUUUAUUUUCCCAAGAAAGGGCUACAGGCUUAUCAAGAAGAUAGAAGAAUAUACUAGUGAUAAGUCUGAUGAGCCUGUUGCUGGUGGCAACAAACUAAAAGCAACUAUAGUUCCUUGGGAUAAUGCUCACGAAAUACUGGACUAUGUACGGGAGAUACUUAAACCAUCCAAGGCUAACUAAAUGAUGUCUAACUGCUUUCUUUUAAUUCUGAAAUGGGUUAGUUGGCAGUUGCUAGCUAUGCUAGCUAUGAGUUGGCUAGCUAUAAGGUAGGGCUCCAUUCUCCAAAGUGUCUGAUAAUUGCAGAAUUGGAAACUGAACAAAGCAAUGCCGUUUUCACUGUGACAAAUUACAUGUACUUUUCAUAAACCAAAGCUUUUGUUUUGUAGCUACUUAUUAAAAGAUUUUAAAAAGCAACAGGACAGUACAGCUUUCUGACAAUGAAAAAAUUGCUUUGUGCUGGAUUAAGAGUUUUCCAAAGUGAGCAUGUACAUGUAGUCGCCUAAAAGACUGCUCUUUGAUACAAGGCAACAAGUGCAAUGGAACUGAUAAUUUGGAAUCUGCACGUUUACGUCAAUAACUCGGCAGGAUCCAUCAGUCUGGCUGUAAUGCCAAGGUGGUUCAGAUAACAUUAGUUCAGUUAGAAUCAAUGCAUACGUCACACCUUGUUGCAAAGAAAUAGCACAAAUAAACAUGGUGAGUGUGGCUAAAUAACCAUGGUUUUAUUUGUUUACUGUUUAAAAAAUUCAUCUAUUCCCCACAAAAAAAAUAAUAAUUUACAAUAACAAUUUCAAGGAUUUGAAAUUUUCAAAUGAAUCGCCAACAUGGCUUGGGGUCAAUGAGUACAUGUGUGACUAUAAUUUGUAGCAUUUCUGCUUUUAUUUCCUUGGACCUUUUAACAGGCUUCAAAUUUAAUUACUUGUAAGUGUACCAAAUGUCGGCAAUUUCUAUAACCGUUUUCAAAUGGCAAUGAACGCAGAGUUUUACAUCAUUAACUGUAUCAAUAAAUGCAGAGUGUAGCAAAUCAAUUGGUAUUACAUGUAGAACUCCAGUAACCUUGAAGGUAACAAACAGUUUAACUAAAGAACAAUUUUGUAAGGUUGAAAAGAAAUUAUCCACCUACCGGUAAUUAGGACAUUUACACACAUGAAUACAAUAUUAUGACAAAAUCUUCAUGACUCACUAGUUUAUACCAUCAGUAAUUCACACUGCUUGUUAGUCUCGACUCCAUCUUGGGGUCUGAUUGAAGAACAGGCAGAAAAACUUGUCUCUGUUUUAGCAGUGGAAUGAAAUGUGUUGCAUGUAGUUAAAGGUAGAGUACAUGUACAUGUAGAUCAUUUGUCAUUUGUGUAUUUGUUUCGUUUGAAGCAACAAAAACUCUCAAAAUCUAAAGACGGGUGCUUAACAACUGACCUGAUGAAGUUUUUGGUCCGUGAAUGUCGUAUAUUCCGAGAAAACUAUAUUCUAGGAUCUCAAUUUCAGUUUAAAAAAUGCCGAGAUAUAUUUUGUUUUAAACCCAAAAUCAGCAUACAAAACACUUCUUUCAGCCCAUUGCAGCUACGCGAUGUCACAUACUAAACCGAUGAAUAAUAGCAACCACACGCGCGUGUACGUGUGCGUCAUGCAAAUUCUUGCACGCACCCAUUCACGGAUUCGCCCAAAUACAAACCAACUACUAACGUAAAUUAAUUUUUCAAAAAUGCAUCACUUGGCUCAUUUUUGGAAAUGACUUUAUUAUUUUCUUCAAAAUGACAUCUUGCCAGAAGGAAUAAUUUCACAUGGAGUUUAGUGCCAUUUCUAUCUCUAAACCAAGUAAGCUUUUUAACAAUAAUUUGGUCAGUUACUUUUUUGGAUAGCUACAAAUGAUGUACAUUGUACUCUACCUUUAAGAGGUCUCUUAAUCUUAUUCAAGACCUUCAUUGUAUCAGCAUGAUUUACCAUACAGUACAUGUACCGGUACAUGUACAAUGUACGUGUAUUCUUAAAUCAAUUCAUCUAUUUAAAAUCUGUGUACCUUUCCCAUGAUAAAUUUGUAAUGUAA